CUCUCAUCCCUCACGGAGGCGCCCACAGCAGAGCACUCGCCGCGCAGAGACGCCAGCCCGCCCGCCACGAUGCUAGGUAGCAAGCGAAUGGGGCUGUGUGGACUGACCCUCACUCUGUCCCUGCUUGUCUGCUUGGGCGUGCUGGCUGAGGGAUACCCCUCCAAGCCCGACAAUCCCGGCGAGGAUGCACCAGCGGAGGACAUGGCCAGAUACUACUCGGCUCUACGACACUACAUCAAUCUGAUCACCAGGCAGAGAUUAGGCAAGAGAUCCAGCCCUGAGACACUGAUUUCAGACCUCUUAAUGAGAGAAAGCACAGAAAACGUCCCCAGAACAAGGUACAGAAAGGCUUGGGAUGGAGACGUUGCUACAGAGCUUGGGGUACCAGGGAGUGCAGAGUUCAGUAGCAUCGUGAGAGGGAGUGGGCUGAAGACAGUGGUGGCGACUCCGAGGCAAAGAGAGCAGGGAGCGCUGCCCCCUGGGAGCCCGGCCCCCCUGGGAGCCCGGCCCUCAUGCUUUCUGACAGAUGGAGCCGAGGGCUGA